AUGAUCGUAUUUUUGUCUCUCGCUCGUUUUUUACUCUUCACACUCGCAGUUGCGACUUUUGCCCACGCUGCAUCAAACACACCCGAUCCCAUGCGGUCCAAUCACAUCCAUAGACCACCCGCCUCUUCGCAUCCUAAAACAGUGGCAAAGCGAGGAUUAGCAGGAAGACCAGGCGACAUCGAAUACAUGGGCUUUUUCGGUUCCCUCCUCGCUAUCCCCACCCUGAUAUCCUACCUUGGAAUCCAAACCAAUUACAACUUACAGAAGUCCUACUAUAACUCUCAAAUCCAAGCUGAAUACUACAAACAAUCUCGAGAAAUGCUACGUGCCCAUGCGACAAAGUUGAUCCAGGACCAGGAGAAAAAGUUUGCAAAAGCGGGACAAACUUGGCCUGGAAUGAUUUAUGACGCAGAGGGAAAUCUUAGACAGGGGGCGAAACCGCCAGUGAUUGGUGGAAAGGUGGUAGAUGCUCCGCCGAAACCGGAGAGGCAAGGGGUUGGUGCCGGGGAUGCUGGGGGUGUUGCUGGAAGUAGUGGAACUGGAGUUGGAGGGAGUGGUGCUGGGGUCGGUGCAGGAGGAGGGGGUGAAAAGAGUGUCGGGACAGAUGAAAGUGCUUCUGCUAGUGUGAUGGAUGAGACUAGGUCGCCUCGUCUCAGCGAUGGUUCGAGUGGAGGUGAUGCGUUGAGUAAGAGUAUCUGA